AUGCCAGUGGCUGUCGAUAUUGGGCAACGUUUGUUUGUUUACAGUCCACAUCGUUCAUGGACUGUGGCUUAUUUUGUCAAAGUAAUAGUAAAAGAUACAAAUCUACAAAUUGUGACUUGUCGACUUGCACGUUGCCCUCAUUCACCAACAUUCGGUGAACAUAUACGUUACUCACCACAUAAUGUUGCUAUCGCUGAUCGUAUUACUGAUCAACAAUUGAAUGUGGGUUCACGUAUACUGUGUAUACCAUCAAAUAGUUUGAAUACCGAUGUAUCUUGUAAACAAAUUGAAAAACCUCAACGUGGAAUGAUUGCCGAAUUAGCAACAGAAUCAAAUUCGAAUCGUUUUUUGAUAUUUGCCGAUAUUGGAGAACCAUACUAUAUUCAAUGUAAUUCUAUUCGUUUAUUAUUAGAAUCACUUUCAAACUAUCUAUUAAAAGUUGAUCAAGGAACAAAACAGUUUAUCGAAAACUAUGUUUUAACUUAUCCAAAACGUCGUCUUAUAGAUGUUGGUGUCAAGUCUCGUAUAACAAUUGAAUAUAAUGGUCAGUGGUUAGAAGGAAUUGUAUCAAAAUGUAAUUGUACAUUAAUUCGUGUUUACAUUCCAUCACUGAAUAAACAAGAAUGGUUAUAUCGUGGUUCAUUGCGUUUACAACCAUUAUUUAACUCGUUAACAACAAAUGUGACAACAUAUGAUGAUGAACCAACUUCUAAACGGUUGGCAAUUGAUCUACAACAACAUCAAGAACAUCGUUGCACGAAUGCAUGUGAAAAAAGUUUACCUUUAGCACGAAAGUGUAAUUUUCUAAUGAUUCCAUUAAACUAUGGUUGGAGGCGACAAGUGCGUAAUGAUUUGGGCACAAUCGUUUAUAUAUCACCGUGUGGACAAGCAUUUACGGAUAGAGAACGUUUACAUUUAUAUUUGAGACAAAUAAAUUCAUGUUUAACAAUGAAUUUAUUUUCAUUUGAAAUGGAUUGUCGUGCAACGCAAAAAUAUAAUCUGAUUAAUCCACCUAUUAUCGAUAUCGCUGAUUAUUCGAAUAAUUUGGAACUAUUACCAUUAUCAUUAGUAAAUGAAAUUAAUAAUGAGUUACCAACAAAGUUUGACUAUAUUUGUACAAGAGUACCAUCGAGAGAUGAAAUACCUAUAAAUGAAUUAAAAGAUUCUAUACAAGGAUGCACAUGUACAGACGGUUGUUCAGAAACUCAUAAAUGUUUGUGUUGGCAAAGAACAUAUGAUUCUAUUAUUAAGUCUUAUUAUUAUGAAGAUUUAAUUACAAAUUUGAAAGAGUUAUUUAAAACGAAUAGAAUUAUUGAUGACACAGAUAAGGAUGAAGAAGAAAAUAUGAAAUUAUUUUUAUAUAAACAAUUAUCAAAACAAAAUUUAGGCUAUAAGCACGGACGAUUGUUAGAAAAAAUUCACUCCGGAAUCUACGAAUGUAAUGAAAAAUGUAAAUGCGAUUAUCGUUGUACAAAUCGUUGUGUUCAAUUUGGUUUGAAUACAUUACUACAAAUCUAUCGUACACAUGAGAAAGGAUGGGGUGUACGAACAUUAUAUGAUUUACCAAUGGGAACAUUUUUGAGUUUUUAUGCUGGUGAAAUAUUAAAUGAUGAUGAUGCAAAUAAACGUGGAGUUGAAUUAAAUGAUAUUUAUUUUACAGCACUUGAUUUUGUUAAUGCACUUCAUCCACCGCAAUUAAAUAAAUCCAACAUGAUCAAUGGUGGUGAUCACGUACCCGCUGCAUCGACAACUACGAAUAUAAAUAUGACAACACCUGAUAAUGAAGUACAGCACAAUUAUAUUGUUCCAUCUAAUCAAAGUAAAACAUAUGAGACAAUAACAACAAAUGAAAAGUCCAUUGAUAAGCAUGAUAUGUCACAGUCACAUCCACAAUCGCAUGAGAUCUCUGAUUCUGAUAUUUAUAUCAUGGAUGCUAAUUUAAAAGGAAAUGUUUCACGAUUCUUCAAUCAUAGUUGUUCACCAAAUGUUUUUGUUCAAAAUGUCUUUAUUGAAACAUAUGACGUUCGUUUUCCAUGGGUAGCCUUUUUUACAUCAGCAAAUGUUAAAGCUGGUACAGAAUUAUGUUGGGAUUAUCAAUAUGAAGUGGGUUCGGUUGAAGACAGAGUCUUGAGCUGUCAGUGUGGUGCAACAAAUUGUCGAAGUAGACUUUUAUAG